AUGGUGGUUGCGGUGAGGGAGAUUAGUGGCAAUGACUAUGAUAGGCUGCUUGUUUUGAAAGAGAUUGAUGGUAGUGGGUUUUUGGUGGAGAGAAAUCUAAUAAGGAGGCUUUUGGCACAUGUUUUGGGUAGUAGCGGAACCGGGUUCAAUUGGAUGGAUUUGAGCUUGUAUGGUGGCUUGGGUGAUUGA